CUAAUUAGCAAGGAGUCUUCUGGGACCCCUGACCCAGUUGCCACCUAAGAAGGUAUAGGAGGGCACUUGAGGUUCUGAGUGCCUAAUCCAGCCCCCAGCGAGGUCAGGGCUCUCAGUGAUGACCCAAUGGGGGGAGGGGGCUGGGAUAAGGGAGCGGCCCCUGGGAAGGUCCCCUGGUUAGUGUCCGAGUCUCAGGCUGCCCCGCAGUCAGACCCCUAUGUAGGACGUCAGCCCUCUCUCUCGGGGUAGCGCUGUAGUCACGUGGCACUGCUGGUGGGGUCCCCUGGGGCAGGGGCCAGGGCGAGAUUGAGAAGGAGACUCAUGUCUCAUUUGGAGCAGCUCUGCAAAGCAGCACAUCGGCGGGGACCAUGGCUGGCUCCCCAGACCAGGAGGGCUUCUUCAACCUGCUGAGCCACGUGCAGAGCGGCCGGAUGGAGGAGCAGCGCUGCUCGCUGCAGGCGGGGCCAAGCCCAGCCUCUGACAGCCGUGAGAGUGGGCAGCAGGAGAGCGGCCCUGCACCCGAGAUGGACAGCCUCAUGGACAUGCUGGCCAAUACCCAGGGCCGCCGCAUGGAUGACCAGCGAGUGACGGUCAGCGCCCUGCCUGGCUUCCAGCCUUUAGGCCCCAAGGACGGAGUGCAGAAACGAGCUGGGACCCUCAGUCCCCAACCCCUGCUCAGCCCUCAGGACCCAGCUGCUCUCAGCUUCCGUCGGAACAGCAGCCCCCAGCCCCAGACACAAGCCCCCUGAGGGCCUAAGGCGUCCUGGGCCCCCCAUGGCCCCCGAGAGCUGAAAAUAAAGCACUUCCAUGAGCAACAAA